GUCACGUACCUGUGCUUGACUCUGCCUAACUGCGCUACCUGGCAGCCCGCGACGUCGAUCUCUUGGCAGAACCUGCCAGCGAACAUGUUCGCAACGUACUAUGAGACCGAGACGUGCCGCACCGGAGGCAAGUUCUUCUACAUCUCGGACGUGGGGACAGUCAACGGCACCCACAACUUCAAGAGCUCUCAGGCCAUUCGGUCGUUCAUGCUUGGGGAGAACAACGGCUACGCGCGUCCACCGUCAAUUGCCUUCCCUGCCUGCGUCACUGCCAAGGAACGCGCAACGACAAUGGGCAAUGAUUCAAACUCCGGCGAUAUGUACGAGGUCACGUGGAGCACCGAGGGAUCUGGAGGUUUGUCGGCGAACUGGUCCGAUGCUCUCCCUGAUACCACGGUGACGGUAAACGUGUCGUAG